GGUGAUUUUCCCCCACCCAUCCCUGCAGCGCGCUUGCUCUCAGCAUCUUUCCUGGAUUUUUUUUCCCCUCCUACUGUUGAACGACAGAAAAGGGUGGGGCCGCGUCCCUGCAGCAGAGACGGCGGCGGCGGCAGCGCUGCAGCAGCAUCGAGAGCCGCGGCCGCAGCAAUGCUCCGUCUCGGAGGGAGCUGAUCGCCUCCGAGCCCCGCUGGGUGGUCCGGCUUGGAGUGGACGUCCGCGGUAAGGACAUCCGAACGCUCCUUCGGCAGACACUCUUGCCCGGGCCUUCCCCUGCGCCAUGGCUUAAGCCGGCGGCCACCGCACCUUCGUCUCCUAGCUCGGCCGCAGCCACAGGGAGGGGCGCGUCCCCGACGCCCUCGCUCCGGACCGGGGACGCCGCGUCCCUCGCCCUGCAGUGCCCGCAGCUGACUGCGCUCCCCAGACCUUUGCAGGCGGCUCCCGGAGGCCUUUGCAGCGGGUAAUCGAAGGACCGGACAGACUCGCCUGCCCGACCUCCCCGGGGGCUCUCAGCAGCAGGAGCACCAGGUAGCCCUAGCCGAUCCGGGAAGGGGAAGCGGUGGGGACGAGCUCGCCAGCUGGGGGUCAGGGGCCCGAAGGAAGAGUAGAGACUUGUUUCAGAAGCCACCGAAAGAAAGCGGGAGGGUCGGCCUUGCAGCGCGCAUCAUGGCGUGGCCGUGCAUCACGCGGGCCUGCUGCAUCGCCCGCUUCUGGAACCAACUGGACAAGGCGGACAUCGCCGUGCCCCUGGUUUUCACCAAGUACUCGGAGGCCACGGAUCACCCCGGCGCCCCGGCGCAACCGCCACAGCCGGCUCCUGCGCCCCCCUCGGCGCGUACGGUCGCCAUAGAGACGCAGCCGGCCCAAGGCGAGCAGGAUGCGGUUGCCCGGGCAACGGGGCCGGCGCCAGGGCCAGCAGUGGAGCGCGAAGGCGCGGGCGCCUACGGCCGGGGAGGGGCGGCCGCUGGCCUGGGUUCCGGCCAGGCUGUCGGCUCCGGCUCGAGUUCGGGCACCGCGGACUCGGUAAUGCGGCAGGACUACCGCGCCUGGAAGGUGCAGCGGCCCGAGCCCAGCUGCCGGCCGCGCAGCGAGUACCAGCCGUCGGACGCGCCCUUCGAGCGCGAGACCCAGUACCAGAAGGACUUCCGCGCGUGGCCGCUGCCGCGCCGCGGGGACCACCCCUGGAUCCCCAAGCCCGUGCAGAUGCCCCCGGCCUCCCAGGCUGCGGCCCCCGUGCUCGGGGCGCCCCGGCGCCGGCCGCAGAGCCAGGAGCGCUGGCCGGUGCACGCGGCCGCUGACGCCCCCGAGCAGGAGGCGGCCCCGGGCGGCCCCUGCGGGCCCGCGGCGGCGGGGAAGCCGUCGGGCGGGGACGAGCGCGACACGCGCAGGAAGGCCGGGCCCGCCUGGAUGUUGCGACGGGCCGAGGGCCUGGGGCCAGAGCAGACGCCGCUGCCCGCCGCGCAGGCCCAGGUCCAGGCCCAGGCCCCAACCCCGGCCCCCGAGACCGGCAAGGGGCGCGAGGCGGCCGACGCCCUCAACAGGCAAAUCCGCGAGGAGGUGGCGACGGCGGCCGGCAGCUCCUACAGGAAUGAAUUCAGAGCGUGGACCGACAUCAAGCCUGUGAAGCCCAUCAAGGCCAGGUCCCAGUAUAGGCCCCCGGGGGAUAAGAUGUUUCACGAGACCAGCUACAGCGCCCAGUUCAAAGGGGAGGCCAAUAAGCCGACGCCAGCUGAUAAUAAGGUCAUUGACCGCAGGAGAAUACGCAGCCUCUACAGCGAACCUUUCAAGGAAUCUCCAAGGGUGGAGAGACCCAGUGUCCAGAGUUCCAAACCAAAAAAGACCUCAGUGAGCCACAAGCCGCAGAGGAAGGCCAAAGACAAGCAGGUGGGGUCGGGCCGGGCGGCCAAGAAAAAGGGCGUCGAGGCCAGCACCGCCCCCGCCACCAAGGAGCAAAGUAAAGAGAUGAACAAUAAACUGGCUGAGGCGAAAGAGAGCCGCGCGGAGCCCAAGGAGUCACGUAAGAAUCGAGGUCCAGUAACCACAGAGCCGCAUGUGGAGCCAGGUCCUGUGGGCCCGGCGCCUCUGAAAGAUCAAAAGCCGGGGGUCCAACAACCUCCAAAGGAUCAAGGCCCGCCGGCCCCCCAGCCUCCGAAAGAGCCAAGUCCUGUGGCCCCAGGACUACUGAAGGAUCCAGGACCCAAAGUCCUGGCAGCGGCGAAAGAGCAAGCUCCCCCGGGCCCCGAGCCUGUCAAGCACGUGGCUCCUGGGGUCUCAGCACCCACCAGGGAGCCUCCCAAGAACCAAAGUCCCGUUGCUGCAGCAGGAAUUAAGGACCAAGGUCCCAUGGCCCCAGAGCCUCCCAAGAACCAAAGUCCGUCAGUUCCCGCACCCGUCAAGGAUCAAGGGCCUGUGGUGCCUGGGCCCCUGCAGGAUCCGAGAACCACAGUCACUGCACCUGGAAACAAGGAAGGCCCCGUGGCCCCAGAGCCUGUGAAGAAUCAAGGUGGAGGAAUCUUGGAGCCUCAGAAAGAUCACAGUGUGGCGGGACUGGCACCCGCAAAGAGCCAGGGCCCAGGGGUCCCCACACUAGUCAGGGACCAGGGCCCCCUGGUCUCAGGACUAAUCAAAGAUCAGAGUCCUGUGGUCCCAGGGCUAGGCAGAGAGCAGGGUCCUAUGGUCCCCACGCUAAUCAAAGACCAGGGUCCUGUGGUCCCCAUGCUAAUCAAAGACCAGGAUCCUGUGGUCCCCACGCUAAUCAAAGACCCAGGCCCUGUGGUCUCCACACUAAUCAAAGACCAGGAUCCUGUGGUCCCCACACUAAUCAAAGACCAGAGCCCUGUGAUCUCAGCACUAAUCAAAGAUCAGAGUCCUGUAGUCCCAGCACUAGUCAGAGAUCAGGGUCCUGUGGUCCCAGAGCCUCCGUGGAAACAAGGCCCUGUGGUCCCUGAGUCCAUGAAGAAUCAAGUUCCUGUAAUUCCGGUGCCUAUGAAAGGUCACGAUCCUCUGGUGCCACCAGCAGCCAAGGACCAAGGUCCUGUGGUCCCUGAGCCUUUGAAGACUCCAGGUCCCCGGGGCCCUCAGCUGCCCACUGUCUCACCCCCAGUCAAGAUCCCAACUGUCCCCCAUUCGGAAUAUAUCGAGGGUUCCCCUUGAUGCUCACCCCCUUACAUGCCGAGGAAGGCGCUGGCAGUGAAAGGGCCCCCGCCGGGGGCAGCCAAGACACAUAGUUAAUCUGCAUGAAACACGUAUUGUAUAGUCUUGCUGGAAUCUAAUAAAUUUGGUCCUUCGGGCUCAGCA